CCCUCCAGUUGAACAAGCAAGAAGCAAACCAGACUAUCCUCGCCACUCACGAUGUCGGGCAGCGCAGGUUACGACAGACAUAUCACCAUCUUCUCAGAUUCGGGAAGGUUAUACCAAGUUGAGUAUGCCUUCAAAGCUAUUACUGCUGCGAAUAUCAUGUCAGUUGGGGUGAAAGGAAAGGACUGUGCUGUCGUGUUAUCACAAAAGAAGGUCCCAGACAAGCUCAUCGAUCCAUCAUCCGUUUCCCACAUCUUCCAACUGUCGCCUUCCGUAGGCUGUGUUAUGACAGGCUCCAUUGCAGAUGCCAGAGCAUUUGCCCAGAGAGCUAUUGGCGAAGCCGCUGAGUUCAGAUACAAGUUUGGAUACGAGAUGCCCUGUGAUGCGCUGGCCAAGAGAAUUGCCAAUAUCAGUCAGGUCUACACCCAAAGAGCUUACAUGCGACCGUACGGUGUUGCCACCACAUUGAUAUCCCUGGACUCCGAGUUUGGACCUCAACUUUACAAGUGUGAUCCAGCGGGAUACUAUACGGGGUAUAAGGCUACGGCUUCAGGUCCCAAGCAGCAGGAGGCGUUCAAUCAUCUGGAGAAGAAGCUCAAGAACAAGGACUGUGCAGAUGGCACCUGGGAGGAUGUAGUGGAGCUUGGCAUUACCACAUUGAGCACAGUUCUCAGCGUGGAUUUCAAGAAGGGCGAAUUAGAGAUCGCGGUCGUGGGUGGUCCGAGAACGGAUGGGAAGGAGGGGACCGACCCUGGGUUUAGGAUUUUGACGGAGGACGAGAUCGACGAGAGACUGCAAGCGAUAGCAGAGAAGGACUGAUUUCGUUCAAGAUGGGCAUGAUAUCGAGGAGAGAUGAUCAGCAUUCGGAGUCACCGACGAGCGGCGGUUCCCACGAAAUACUCUGGAGU